AGUGCAGAGGAGGAACACCUAGCUCAGCUGAGGAGAUUAGGAGCAGGGAUUCCUGAAGCCCCCUGGCUCCCUCACGGAGUCCUGACUAAACCCUUAGCCUCUGAGCAAGUGCCUGUGGAGCCAGGGGAUGGAUCCAAACUCCAUCUUGCUUCCUCCUCAGUCUGGGACCCUCUCCCAUCUGGCAGAACCCUGCAUGGAAGAUGCGAGGAGCCCAUCCCCUCAGAAGCUGGCCAGAGACUCCCUGUUUUCCUGCAGCCAGGUCCCCAGCUCCAGCCUCGCUGACCCUGACUGGUUUUGGGAUGAGCAUAUCCAGGCAAAGAGGGCCAGAGUGGAGACCAUUGUCCAAGGCAUGUGCCUCUCCCCUAGCCCUCUGGUGCCAGGGAGCACCCAAUCCAGGGACAGCCCACGCUGCGCGGAGAAGGCCCGGGAGCGGAAAAGGAAGCAGAGCCUUCCCAUGCAGCAAGGACCCCCGAAGCCAGGCCCUGCUAGGGACCGGGGCAACAGGAAGGGGCUGGGGGGCCCCUGCGUGAGAGAACAGCUUCACCUGCUGAAGCAGCAGCUUAGACACCUGCAAGAGCAUAUUCUGCAGGGUACUGAGCCUGGAGACCCAGCUUCGGGCCCAGGAGGCUCUGAGAAGGGGAAGGGCCCUCUGAGAGCAAAGCAGAGGAAUGGCCAUGGGUCUAGCCCCUGGACUAUGGACAGUGACCACCAUCAGGGCUUCAGCAGGGACCUCUCUGGGGUGGAAAAAUACAGAGCGUCUGAGGUCGAGCACCAGCCUGAGGAACCUGGUUUCCUUCCUUCUGGAACAGAGGCUUUGCUGGAGUUUCUGAGGGAAGAAUUGACCAGGACAGUGUCCCAGGCUGUGGACUCAGUAUUACAAAAGGUACUAUUGGAUCCACCAGGCCAUCUGGCUCAGCUGGGCAGAUGCUUCCAGGGGCUAGUGCUACAGGGUAGAAGCGAGCCCUCUGCUUCUGAGGGAGGUGCCUGCAAAGAUCCACUUCCUCUGACCACCUUGCCAAGGAGGGCUCAGCCACAGGCUGGGGUUCCACUGGGGAGCUUAUCACUGGCCAAGCCCCUAGAUUCUCCUAGUUACCCUGUCUCUCCAAGAAUGAUCCCCAAGCCCUACCAGGACCCCCCAGCAAACUGUCCCUCAACUAUGCCUUCCUGCAUCCAGGAAAAUCAGAUUCUUAGCCAGCUAAUGGGCCAUGGACCCAAUGGGUAUUGGGACAGCAGUCCUUCCCAGGACCCAUCCUCCCGAAGUCAUCCCUCCUCAGAGUCUGCCCUGCGACCUUGGGGAGCUGUCAGACUGCGACCGUGGGCUUUGAACCAGCAGCAGUACUCCCUGACCUUUCCCUCCCCCCGCCUAGAACAUCUGCCCCUCCUUCCCUCCGUGAAGAUGGAGCAGGAGGGCCUGCAGGCUGUCACCAAUACACUUUCCUUCUCUUCAUCGCACAUCCAGGAAGGCCUGAAUUCUGGUCACUUGAAGAAGGCCAAACUAAUGUUCUUCUUCACACGAUACCCCAGCUCCAACCUCCUGAAGGCCUAUUUCCCUGACGUUCAGUUCAAUCGCUGUAUCACCUCCCAAAUGAUCAAGUGGUUCAGCAACUUCCGUGAGUUUUAUUACAUACAAACGGAAAAAUUUGCCCGGCAAGCAAUUUCAGAAGGUGUCAAAAAUCCCAAAAUGCUGGUGGUUCUCCGCGAUUCGGAACUUUUCCGUGUUCUCAAUAUGCACUAUAACAAGGGCAAUGACUUUCAGGUCCCAGACUGCUUCUUGGAAAUAGCCAGCGUGACAUUACAGGAGUUCUUCAGAGCUGUCUCCGCAGGGAAAGACUCAGAUCCGUCCUGGAAGAAACCCAUUUAUAAAAUUAUUUCGAAACUGGACAGUGACAUCCCAGAGAUAUUCAAAUCUUCCAGCUAUCCCCAGGAGCUGUUUCGGAGUUAA